CAAUCAUAUACAUAUUUUUUCCUAAUUUGGCACACAAAAUUUUACGCGUUUUUAUAAAAUUUGGUCGCCUUAUAUUUUAUAUAUAAUUAUUAUUAUUAUUAGAAAUAAAUAUUAUUAGUGCAAGAGGAGACGAUUUCAUUGCACCAUAUUAUAAACGAGAGCUUGCGAAUUUUUAUCAUUGUACAUACCAAUUUCCUUCGGACGUGAAAGGCUAAAUUAUGAAUUGUGCCACGUGUAAAGUGAAUAAAAUCGGUCCCAAGACCGCACCAUUCGGUGGCUAUCUGUGCAGCAAUGAGCACAUGCAAUGUGGCGACUGCAAUGAGCGCACCGACGGCCAAUGUGGCAUCUGUGAAGAGUGUACCUCCUUCGUGCAGAUGAAUUUCAAUCAACGCGUACGCAACACUUCGCCCAUACGACGCUGUUACCAGAUGGCACGACCAACACCGACAGCGCAAAGUUUAGAUGUGGAGAGUCACUCGGUGGCCGCGGCCACGUUGGAAACGGACUCAUCUUAUAUAUUCCCGAAAGCGCUGUAUGCCGAUAUGGAGACACAGUCGAGCAUCUCACAGGAGCAGCUGAGUAUGCAUGAGUCACAUGAUGGCUUUAGUGAGGAUCAAGGCGAAGAGAUACAUCAGCAUUUGAUCGACGCGGACGCAAUGGCGGCUGCCAUGGCUGCUGCCACAAUGACGCAAACGCCCACACCCAUGACCAUGUCCAUGUCGGUGCCGAUGUCAAUGAAUCAGUACUUGCCGAACGCACAGGAACGCAUACAAAUGGAGACCAUAUACUUCGGCAGUAAUCAUCAGCCACAGUCGGCUUCGAAUUUUACAUUUCAAUUUCGUACUGAAAACGGUUUCAUGCGCCUAAUGCAGCAACGUGACUCGAGCGGACCGGCGCUGGAGGUGAUUGAACCGCCAAAGAGCAUACAACUAACAACGGAACAUACAAAUCUCUGUGACAACUCAUACGACGGCGGUUGCGAUAUGGCGGGCAGCAUUGAAAAAGCCAAAGGGAAUAAUACAGCUACCGAAGACAUCGAGGACGUCAUACAUACUUCCGAAAUACGUUUCAUGGAUUCAACGGAGAGCAUGAAGAAUUAUUUCUCUGGCGGCACAAUGCAUCCCAUACUAAAGUCGAAACAUGAACCACCACGCACAAGCACCACAACUUAUAGUCACAACUUGCAACCGCAAGAGUCACUAUCAAUGAAGAAACUACACGACUUUGAGACACGCAAUACCGCACAUCCCGCCGAGCUGGUCGAGAGUUAUCUGCGCAAUUAUGGACCACUUGCGUUUUGUCAGUUUCCCGCUUACGCCUUUAGUCAUAGUUGUCAGGCUGGCACUUGUGACAAUCGCAAUCAGUCCUUCAUACAGCCCCCACCGCAACCGCAACCACCAAUGCAAACUCAAAAUCAAACACGCAACGUCUCCGCUUCCACCGAAUCUGAACCUACUUUGGCCAGCGCUAAGAAGACCGAGUUGCCACCGACUAAACACUUGCCACCAGAUUAUUUUGUUAUGCAAGCCACAGGUGUGGCAACGCCAGCACCGGGUACUCUGCCAGAUCCGGAUAAAAUAGCACGUCCUAGCAUUGAUAUACGCAUGCAGAAGGUUUUGGAGACUUUUCAAGAAGAUCCACGUACACCAAAUGUUAGCGAUAAGCCCAUCAUAGAUCAGUCGAAGAAGUUUUUGAAGAUUAUGGAUGCUUUGGAGCCGGCUCCGGUGGCAGCAGAACCAUCACUGCCAUUGAUUUUGGAAAAGCAUGACGAUCAGUUGAGCUCUUGCGAAUUGCCAGUCGAUAAGGCAAGUCUUGAUAUUAUAACGCAGCUUUCGAAUACACAUCGCGCCUUCUACAAUCCGCCGACAGAUAGUAGAAUAAUUGGCACUUUAAAUCAAAUGACCAAUCUUUUGUGUAAAGAGCCGCCACCGCAAUUCCAACUUGUCACCUGUUCCAACAUAAUGGCUGCGGAGCUGUUACUCUCCAAAGGUCGUUUCAUUAAUAUGAAGCCUUUACCCGCGUGCCACCUGACCAUACCACGUCCGCCCAUCAAGUGUCCGGAGUCGUCGUGUCAACGCAUGAUUUUCGUUUCGGAUUUCAAUAAGCAUUUGAUUGUGGAUCACAGCAUGUUGCCCAUGGAGCGCAUAGCGCCACGUCAGUGCAAAAAUUUCUUUCUCGAUCCAAAGUUGGCGCAUUGCGGUACCAGCAAAUGCCACCUGCUCUAUCUGAUACGCGAUAAAGUCACUGAUUUAGGUAGCAGCAAGUUCAAGGAUUUCCUGCCACUCUUGGUGAUGAGCACACGCAUUCGUCUCUCGGAUUUAUGCGGCAUUGAUGCGCGCGAGUUCGCAAAGUCCGAACAGAGCGUUAUAAAUCCGGAGUAUUUGAUGAUCUGGUUGACCGGCAUUGUACCCGAGGAGUUUCCGGUGACCACCAGUUUGACUGUGUGGUCGCGUGCAGGCCAAAUACCCGCUUGCCAUAUGGUGCAUUCGGGCGAGAUGUAUUCGCUGCGCAAGUCGCAGGAGAUCAGAGAUGUCUGUCGCAGCGGUCAAAUGGUAUUACUUUCCAGCUCUGAAGUGCAUUUACUUACGAACGCCGGCAAAGAGAUGUUGGAACUGCAAAUUGUUGUACAUUAAGGAAGUCUAUGCUUGUAAUUGAGUAAAAUGCCGGUAAAGAAGUGGUCUCUAUAGAUACAUGUUGCUGCAGAAAACAUAGAUGGAGGAGUUCCAUAAGUCAUCCCGCACAAUUUCAUACAACCAAAAACAUAUCAUAUCAACGUACAAUCCGAUAUCCAAUAUAUAUUUUAUAUGCAAUUUAGUUAACAGUAAAAAAAGUAGAGUUUGCUGAAGUAACAAAUUCUUGCAAUCUACAAAUAAAUAAUGUUCAUUCAUAAAUACAUACAUA